AAAAAGAAGAAGCACAAAAUGAGGAAGGCAAAAUGUAAUCAAAGCAGGAGCCCGAGAAGGGAACGUGGUAGAGAAGUAGCCUUAGUUGAGAAGUCUUGACUACGAAUUAGAGAAAAAGGAAGUCAGUAGAAAAGUGUCCCUGUUGUCUUCCUCCCGUCUAACACAUCAAACACCAGCAACGAGGGGAGCCCAGUUCUUUUGUUUUCUCUGAGGAAAAGAAUGUUAUUUUACAUUUGUGCCCAAGUCAAUCACGCCAAGAAAGUCGCCGCUUCUUUCAGCGAGUUGUUACAAUCAUCAGGCAAAAGCGAAAGUGGAGAAAGAGAAGAAAUGAUUUCAAAAGCAGUGCGGUUCUAUUUGGAGAUUUUGUUCUUGGAGAAUUCCUUGCCUCUGCAUAGAACCUUUGUGUCAGUCUUCGCAAAGACCCGUAAUUUCCAGUCUAGGAAGCGGUUUUGUGUCUCACGCGUGGCCUUGUCUGUGAUGAGUACGCCUAAGUUGGGAUAUUUAGUGGAUGUGGUUGUGGUUGAAGACUGCUCGGUUUUGGUUGCUUGGGACAUUGUUAGUGGGUUGAACAACGUGGUUUUGGAGACUAACGAGGGGGCUAGGCCUUCCCCAAUUGCUAUGGAGCAGUGCCAGCUGCCAGGAGGCUCUGUCUUGCUUGCAUUACUUGAUUCAGCGUUUCCCGAUAAAGUUUAAGGAUUUGGGCAGUGAAGAUUCGGAUGUAAUGGAGAGGGUUGUGGUGGUUCUGAUAAGUAUAUUGAAAUCAGUGGCCUUUUCAGGAGAUUGCUUUGUGGCGGCUGGUGUGAGCCUUUGUGCUGCUCUGCAAAUGUGCCUCGGUGCAGAAGAGCUUGGUUUGAUUACUAUUGAAGGUAUAUUCUAUCAAGCUACUUGUAGUUUUGGUAGUUCUGGUGAUGAUGUGUUUAGGGAUGCUAUUUGUAAAGUUCCAUUUGAAAGAGAUUUUUGUUCUGAAAUUCGUAAUCUUUCUGCCUUAAGUAGGCUUUGCUUGAUUAGAGGCAUACUCACUGCUGUUUCAAGAACAGUUCUCAAUCCCCAUUUUGUUGUGUCAAGGGAUAAAUUGAACGGUUGUCA